CCGGUCCGUAUAACGUUCAGUGUUUCUGUCAUCCCUCACUUCGGCGAUGGAUAGCAACAGGUGCGCAGAGCCAAACUCGGGUGUCGGUUACCCGUCCUCCGGACACCCUCACCGGGCGGCUCUAAUUCUGGCGCGGGGUGGCAGUAAAGGAAUCCCUCUGAAGAACAUCAAGAAUCUGGCCGGGGUUCCUCUCAUCGCGUGGGUUCUUAGAGCCGCCUUGGAUUCAGAAGUCAUUGACAGUGUCUGGAUUUCUACUGAUCAUGAUGAAAUUGAGCGGGUCGCUAAAGUUUGGGGCGCAAAAGUUCAUCGGCGCAGUCCUGAAGUGUCUAAAGAUUCGUCGAGCUCACUGGAGACCAUCCAGGAGUUCAUCCGACUGAGACCCGAGGUGGACAUCGUCUGUCAUAUUCAGGCCACAUCUCCAUGCCUCCACCCGCAUCACAUCAAGGAAGCCCUGCAGAUGAUCACCGAACAGGGUUACAACUAUGUGUUUUCCGUGGUUCGCAGACACCAGUUUCGCUGGGAGGAGGUGGACAAGAACGAGGGUAGGAAUCCAACUCCUCUGAACAUUGAUGUGGCGCACAGACCGCGACGACAAGAUUGGCCUGGAGAACUCUAUGAAAACGGCUCUUUCUAUUUUAGUACGAGGAAGACUUGGGAAAAUGGCCUUAAACAGUUGGGCAAGGUGGCCUACUAUGAAAUGCUGCCCGAGUACAGUGUCGACAUCGAUGUUGACAUCGACUGGCCCGUCGCUGAACAAAGAGUCCUGAGGUAUGGCUACUUUGGCCAAGAGGAGAAUGCACCGGUCAAGUUGUUUCUGUGUAAAGUGUCUGGCUGUUUGACGAACGGACGCAUAUACACGUCGGUUUCAGGAGAGGACCUGGUAUCCAUCAAUGCUCGAGAUGUAGCAGGCAUACAGAUGCUGCAGAAAGAAGAUAUAGAGGUGAUCAUCAUGUCCAGCAUGAAUGAGCCACUGUCCAGGGGUCUGCUGGAGAAGGUCGCAGAGCGCGUCGGCUGUGGACUCUGGUUUGGAAAGCAGCUGAUUGGGCUCGAGGUGGAGCAGCUGAUAAAGGAGAAGAAGCUGCAGUGGGAUGAACUGGCCUUCAUGGGUUCUGAGCCUGAGGACAGAGAGAUCCUCUCUCAGGUGGGGCUGAACGGCAUUCCAUGUGACUCACCUGUGGCGGAUCUCAUUGCGGCAAAAUACACGUGUCAGAGACCUGCCGGAAACGGAGCAGUUCGUGAGUUUGCAGAGUACAUGCUGAUGCUCAAGAAAAAGAGCUUGCUGGAUGUGCACCAGGAUCGCAUUGACAGGGCCAAUUUCUAGAUUCCAGUUUUUGUGUGUGUGUGUGUGAUGCCAUUAAAUCUAACCGAAGUUAAUAAAACACUUGUGUUCAUGAGCAAACACUUCAUUUAUGUUGAUUCUUUAUCUCUUUAUUCAUCUUUUAAAAUUUGCAAGUUCCCCUAAAUGCAGUAUUCAUUUACUUUGCACCUUUCAUCCUGUAUUAAUGUUUAAUCUCAUGCUGUGUUAAGUUGUUGAGUGACCAGGAAACAUUCUCAUUUCUUAUCAAGGACACCAUUGUGUAACAGUAAUUUUUUUCAUUGCCUUUACUAUAUAACACAUCCCUAUGAACUUUUGCAGAUUAAGUAAAUUA